GCCGGGAAGAUGGCGGCGCGGUGGGCUGCAGGUAACGCCUGUGUGCGCGGUCUGCUCGGUUGGGUGCGGCCGGAGAGGUGGCUAGCAGCUAGUAGCCUUUUUCCUCUGUCAUGCAUCCACACAUCAUGCACAGCUCUGCAGCAAAUUGGAAAGUGGGAGAAAAAGAACAGGAUUGUUUACCCUCCACAACUGCCUGGAGAACCACGCAGACCAGCUGAAAUAUAUCACUGUCGGAGGGAGAUAAAAUACAGCAAAGAUAAGAUGUGGUACCUGGCAAAACUGAUAAAAGGGAUGUCCAUUGAUCAGGCUCUGGCUCAGCUGGAAUUCAGUGAUAAAAAGGGAGCAAAGGUGAUCAAAGAGGUUCUGUUAGAAGCGCAGGAAUUAGCAGUAAAAAAGCACAACGUGGAAUUCAAAUCAAAUUUACAUAUAGCCGAGUCAACGACGGGCAGAGGCCGCUAUACGAAGCGGAUUCGUUACCAUGCCAAAGGCAUGUUUGGCAUCAUGAAAAUUGUCAGGUGCCAUUACUUUGUGAAGCUGGUGGAAGGUCCCCCUCCUCCUCCAGAGCCACCAAAGACUGGGUUUGACCAAGCCAAAGAAUACGUGCAGCAGCUGCGGAGUAGAACCCUUGUUAAUACACUAUGACAAACUUUUGUGACUAUCUAGGUAUUUCUUGUUUGAUAAUGUAAUUAUGUAAAAGACUAAUUAAAAAAUGCUUUAGUGAUAUCUUUGGUGCUGCUGGAGCUGGAUGAUGCAAGAAUGGUCAUAGGUUUUUGUUCUUAUUUGUUAAGCCAUAGGUAUGGAAAAGUCUUGGAAAAGCAGCAAUAGAUGUUACUUUUUCUGAGUUAUUCGAACCAAAGCAUUCAAGCUCUACCUUGCACUAUCAGAUCUAGAGUACACAGUGCUGUUACAAAGCUUGACAGGAGCUGUGUUUGUCCCACAUUCAUGCAGCUGUCUUGGUUAUGUAUGGUUGGGUGUUUUAUUGUAAAAAUCAGAGCUUGACAGUCGUGUUGCAAGACCAAGACUUACACUAAAAUUGCUAAAAUUUAACAAAGCAGCUACAACAAUGGAACAAAACAAGUAACAAUAACACUUGAUAUUAUCAGGUAUCAGUUUAUGGUUUCUUUAUCUGGCUUGUCAUGCUUUUUUCUUAGAGUCUCUGCUGUGUGUCUUGGCCUUUUGUCUGGGAGUGGGGAAUAAAAACCCAUUUAAAGUUCA